GAGGUUGUGGAAAUUAGAUAUUAUUUUCUAUUCGGUGUUUUCCUUGUUUGCACAUUUAAUGAGAACACAUAUUUAAACCAAUAGUUACAUACAACACUAAUUAAUGGUUGUCGUGUUGCAUAACUCACCCCAAUGAUUGACGGAACAGACAUGACAGCCUCGGCUUGUAAUAAAUGGAAGGGGUUGUUCAGUCUUGGAGAGGAGUUUGAAGAUGAGGAUUUGCUUGAACCUGAUUGGACAUGUCCAUCAGAGUGCACAUCUUCUACCGCUCCCUCUGUAAAUCCACCAUCUGAGUCCUCGCAUGUGUUGACUGAAAAAUCCACUCAUGUUCAGCAGAGACCUGUUAGCUUGUCAUCAGACCCUGGGGAAAAUACGUCAGGAUCUGGUUGUGUGGCGACUCUUCGAACUCCAACAUGUGGCACUAUCAAUUCCCCACCAGAUUUCUCCGUACCUUGCCAUCAGACACUUUUAUCCCUCAGAGCCCCUGCGUCAUCCCUGAAACCCUCCUCUAACCAAGUAAACCAUCCACCGCCAGCAUCUCUCAGUGUCCCACAGAGAGACCCCACUCCUCAGGAUGACUUUGAUGACUGGGAUGUGGAUCUGGAGGAGCUGGAUAGCAUUCCUCAAGUGGUUUCUGAGCCACAAAAUAUUUCUUCACCUCUGGAUAACAUUUCACCCAUUAAACGAAUGAGACAUUCAGCACCAGAAGUGUCCUCCCAUGGUAGGUUCAGUGGUACCUGCUCAGUGUCCGUUGCACGGCCCUCAAUCAACAGCUCAUUCGCUUCCAAUGUUGAAGCCCCCAGGUGUCCGUCUACCCCUAUGCAGAAUCCAAAUCACAUGCGUAUCCCCACUACAUUAGUCUCACGAGUUCCCAGACCUGUCACUACAAGGCCUCCAGUGGUGUCUCCUCGCUGCCACAUGGGUACUUCAUCACCGAGGACCCCGCUGCAGCCCAGAGGAUCUCUUUUCCACUCUGCAUCAUCUGCUAUUGAUUCCUCUUCCACAUUAACACCUCGUCCUCUCAACACACCCGUCCUGACCAAUCACUUGGUCCAGCUGGUGUCUGCAGCCAAUAAGACACCUCAGAGACCACAGAGUUGUAUGAUGAUAACCAAAGCACGUCGUUUUCCUGGCCCAGCAGGAGCAUUACCACAGCAGGUCAGCCAAGCCGUCAGUGGGGGGAGUCUUGAUGAUAUUGUUGUGUCAGUUCCUCAUACACCUGCACAUGGAGCGGUUGCUCGCCUUAGAAAUGAGGUCUCCAGCUCUCAAGUGAGCGAGGAAGAGGAGUUCAGCAGGGGUCCGUGGGCAGUGAUGAAGUCUGAGAUGGGAUUGGACGAGAAGAACCCUUCUUGCUUUCUGCAUUUGUACAGUGUUGUCAUGGUUCUCCGUAAGGCUGCUCUCAGGCAGCUAACUAAGAAUAAGGUUCCUAACAUGGCUGUUGUCUUGAAGAGUAUCACACACACGCAUGUAGACGCGAAGGCCAUCUUCAGAGAUCCAACGGGUGAGAUGCAGGGCACAGUUCAUCGUCGCCUGGUGGAAGACAGACUGGGAGAGCUCAAGACAGGAGCUGUGUUAUUACUGAAACAAGUGGGUGUGUUUUCACCAUCACACCGAAAUCACUACCUGAAUGUCACACCCAAUAACCUUCUCAGGAUAUACCCACCUGAUGGGGUCCUCCAUGACUCCCAGCCAUCCCACCCUCCACUGCAGGAGUUGCGUAGUGAACCCAGCAAGCCUACGGGGGGCCCGGUUUCUCAGAUGGUGCUCCACUUUGAGGACGAAGAUGAAAAUACAGUUGAGGAAAAUCGGGCGGCUGAUGCUUUAGACACUGCAGCUGGCUCUAAUGAGCUCUGUCAAGCAUCUACAGUGUUGGGACCAACAGAGGAGACAGCAUGGGAAACAGAUGACCUUGACGAGCUGCUCGGGGAGUUACCUGUGGAGUCGUAUGAUGGAUUACGUUGAUCGCACAGUCACUUAAAAUAUAAAGUAUAAUUGUAGAACAUGUCUUAUAUUAAUACAUAUUAUGACAAUUACUACUAUUGAACAAACAACACCUACUAACCAAAGAAAUCACUACUUUUGUUUAGGUUUUGUCUAAUCCUUUGUAAAUAUGUACAUAAUUCACUUGUCUCAUGCAUAAAUUGGAAAUAAAUUCCCGAUGAGA